AUGUUUGUGUGUCUCUCUACCUGUCUAUCUAUCUAUGCAUCUGAGGCUAAUCUAUCUAUCUAUCUAUCUAUCUAUCUAUCUAUCUAUCUAUCUAUCUAUAUAUCUAUCUAUCUAUCUAACUCAGUUUUGUUCAUAUCUAUCUAUCUAUCUAUCUAUCUAUCUAUCUAUCUAUCUAUCUAUCUAUCUAUCUCAUUUGUGCGCAUCUAUCUAUCUAUCUAUCUAUCUAUCUAUCUAUCUAUCUAUCUAUCUAUCUAUCUCCUAGACAUAGCGCGUAAAAAAAAAUCCGAAUGUGUGACAUGUUCCGAAAAUGGAGGAAAGCCAGUAUUUUUUCUCACAUCGUUUCAUUUCUUUCUUGGCAUCGAAGGCGUUAUUCUUUUUUUUUCACUAAGCAUUUUUGUUUAUUGGAAUUUAUUCCGUAUACACCAAUCCUAUACUUGGAUAUCUAUCUAUCUAUCUAUCUAUCUAUCUAUCUAUCUAUCUAUCUAUCUAUCCAACCUCCCUCCCACAGGCGAGAUGCAUCAAACUGCGUUCAUUUUCUGGGGAAGAGACGGCCCGAUGGAGAAGAAGACGCCAGGUCUCCCGGUUUGCGGCUAG